AUGGACACCUCCGUAUCAGAACCCGUCAAUCAGCCAGCCAAGGUCCUCACGAUGGCCGAAGACGGUCCAGAAAAUGUCGCCGUCGCUUCCUCGGCCGCCAAUGGCGACGUCGAGGGAGGAGCGCCAGCUGCCGAGGAAAAGGAAGGCGAGGAAGCCGACGUGGAAUCCUCUGCCCCUGGCACCGCCGAAGAACCCAAAAUCUCCAAGAACCAGCUCCGAAAGAUGAAGCGCAAGGCCGCGUGGGAGGACGGCCGCGAAGAUCGCAAGCGCAAGCGCAAGGACAAGCGCCACGACAGACAGGUCGCCCGCCGCGAAGAGCUCGCCGCCGCCGUGGCCGAAGCCGAAGCCAAGGGUCUCGACCCGGCCUCCGUCACCAUCCCGCCGCGGCGCAAGACCCCCCGGGUGCCGCCGACGCAGGUGCCCAUCACCCUGAUCCUCGAUUGCGCUUUCGAAAAGUACAUGCUCGAGAAGGAGCAGGUCUCGCUCGCGAGCCAGAUCACGCGGUCCUAUUCGGACAACCGCCAGUCGCGGUAUCGCGCACACCUGUACGUCAGCUCGUACGGGGGGCAGCUGAAGGAGCGGUUCGAGGGGACGUUGGGGAGUCAGCACGUGCACUGGAAGGGCGUGAAGCUCGUCGAGGGGGACUUUGUCGCGGCGGCCAAGGACGCGGACGAGCUGAUGAGUGGCCCCCGCGGCGGUAAGAUUAUCGAUCUGCUCCAACCCGCGGAGGGGGGAGAUGGCACAGCCGCCAAGAAACCGGCCGUGUUUAGAGACAUUCUCGAUGACGCGCCGAGCCCGGACCCCGAACCCGAACCCGCGGACGAGCUCAAGAACAUCGUCUACCUUUCCUCCGACUCCGUCAACACCCUCGACCGCCUCGAGCCGAACACGAGCUACGUCAUCGGCGGCCUCGUGGACAGGAACAGAGAAAAGGGCCUAUGCCACCGCCGCGCGCGCGAGAUGGGGAUCCGGACGGCCAAGUUGCCCAUCGGGGAGUACAUGAACCUGUCGAGUCGGCGGGUCCUGGCGACGAAUCAUGUUGUGGAGAUUAUGCUCAACUGGCUCGAGACCGGCAGCUGGGCCGAGGCGUUCCUCAAGAUUAUUCCCAAACGCAAGGAGGCGAAGCUGAAAGAAGAUGGCACGGGCAGUGCCGGUGGAACGCCGGUUGCCCAGGGCGAAGGCGAGGUUGAGGAUAGCAGGUUUGAGGAAGAGAAUGACGAGGAUGUAGAUGAGAAGCAGACCAUCACUGACAAUGUGGCGGCGUCUGUCUCAACAGAGGCGGCUCAGGAGAGUGUGAAGGAUGAAGUGAGUACAUCAUAG